AUGGCUUCUACAUUUUCAGAGAAGGAUUUCUCUUGUCCUAUAUGCUGUGAAAUCUUCAAGGAUCCUGUUCUCCUGCACUGCAGUCAUGGUGUGUGUAAAGUGUGUUUGCAGCAGUUCUGGGAGACCAAAGGAUCCAGAGAAUGUCCUCUUUGUAGGAGGCAGUCGUCUGUGAAAUAUCCUCCCAUAAACCUGGCCUUAAAGAACAUGUGUGAGAUUUUCUUACAGGAGAGAAGUCAGAGAUCUUCAUCAGGGUUUGAAACAGUCUGCAGUCUACAGGAGAAACUGAAGAUUUUUAAAGACUGUAAACUGGACUGGAGUCAGACUGCAGAACAUAUACAGAUUCAGGCCCAACACACAGAGUGUCAGAUAAAGGAGGAAUUUGAGAAGCUUCACCAGUUUCUACGAGAUGAAGAGGCAGUCAGGAUCACGAUGGUUAGAGAGGAAGAGGAGCAUAAGAGUCAGAUGAUGAAGGAGAAGAUUGAGAAGCUGAGCAGAGACAUAUCAUCUCUUUCAGAGACAAUCAGAGCUAUAGAAGAGGAGAUGAGCACUGAAGAUGUCUCAAUAUUACAAAACUACAAGGCCACAAUGAAAAAAACCCAGUGCACACUGCAGCCUCCAGAUGAGCUUUCAGGAGCACUGAUCCAUGUGGCAAAACAUCUGGCCAACCUGCAGUUCAGAGUCUGGGAAAAGAUGCAGGACGCUGUCCAAUACACCCCUGUAACUCUGGACCCCAACACUGUUCAUCCUAAACUUAUUGUAUCUGAUGAUCUGACCAGUGUGAGACUCAAUGAUGAGAAACAGAAGCUUCCUGAUAAUCCAGAAAGAUUUGGUUAUAAAUAUCGAUGUAUCCUGGGAUCUGAGGGCUUUAACUCAGGGACACACUGCUGGGAUGUUGAAGUUGGAGACUGUACAUGGUGGAGUGUGGGCGUGAUGACAGAAUCUGCUCAGAGGAAGGGGGAGAUAACCUCCAGAAGUGGAAUCUGGCGUCUGGGGUAUUAUGAUGGCAUACAUUUUGUUGGUUCUAAACCACAUCCAGUCAAUCUUCUCUCAGUAACACAGAAACUCCAGAGGAUCAGAGUGAAGUUGGACUGGGAUGGAGGAAUGCUGUCAUUCUUUGACCCUCUCACUUAUACACACUUACACACUUUCAUAGACUUACCCACUUUCGCGCACACACCCAAUUUCACACACUUACACACUUACACACACUUAUACACUUUCACACACAUAUUUACUGAUAAAUUAGUGCCAUUCCUACAUGCUGGUUGUAAAGAAUCUCCUCUAAAGAUCCUCCCACUUCAGUGCUCUGUCAGAAUGAAUCAGAUCAGUUAG